AUGACCGAACUAAACACACACUAUCAAAGGGUGCACUCUCGCAAUGUGAUAAUUGGAUGGGAUAAGGAUAACCGUACCUGUCAGACCAACAGUUGGAGGACAUUGGCUCAGCCGGCGAAUCUGAAAUCCCCGAGCACCAACCGCUUCCACUGCCCACAUUGCGCAUACACCGCGAAGUGGCCAACGGGUCUGCGAAAACACUUGAUGGUUCAUGAAGACUCCCGGCCAUUUGUCUGCGCCGUAUGUCUGUUUGCCUACAAGUGGACCUGGGAUUUAGGCAGACACUUCGCCAAAUCGCAUCCUUACCUGCUCAAUCCAUACAGGAAGCGACGUGUACGCAGACGAAAUGAAGUGCAUGCACAGCCCAACGAUAAUGAAGAGACAACUGACAUAUGA